UGGCCUCUGCCUGUGCGUAUUUGUUAUCCUUGCAUUAGUUUUGCACGUCAGAACCGCCACCAGGCUGGGCUGAACCCCACUGACAGAGGUCCAGUGGGAUUCAAUGUUGCGGAAGGUACUUUUGCACCGUCUUCGUAUCGCUUCCGAUCGUCGACCCGGAUGAGCAGGUUCAGUCGAGUCUCGCCGUUAGUAUAUGAGUGACCUCACACCUAUAUAACCUGUUGCCCGAGUCCUUGAUGAUUGAGCUUAAGAUACAUCUCAAGCCGAUUAAUAUCUCAGAGCUGCUCUUCACAGAGAGAUAGCCGCGGACCCAAUCAAAUAAUUUCUCAGGGUUCCAAGCGAGCCGCUCUUUUCCAUAUACACAUUGAAAACCGGCGUCACUGGACACAGGUGGCCCUUGUCUCUUGAAAGUAUGACAAGUCCAAACUGUGAAUUGCAUGGAACGAAUCGGUUGAUGGAAGCUAAAGGGUCGGACCGUGAACAGCUGCCGGCGUACCAUAAUAUGACUGCUCAGUCGAGCCACUUAGACAUGCAACGACUGGCUUCGGCCAUGCGCUGUUCCCACUAUGCUGUUCUGUACAUUGACCAUAGUGGACAGCUUCGCUCCGAGGGAUCUCCUUCGAUUGCAGGUAGUGAGAGGGAGAUAUUCACCGAGGAGGUGCAAGCAAAGUUCCUCAGGUCGGUGGCAUCAGCAUGGCACUUGCAUCCGAGUAAGUCAGAAGGAUGUCACAUGCCGGCCCCUGACACCACCACGGCUUACUCUUCCUGGGCUCAACCAGGAACGGCAAGACCCGCGAGCCUCAUUCCUUGCGAUUUGGUUUCUCUGCGCUUCAAGCGCCCCCGUCGAAGCCUGAGACAGACGGAAUCGUCUUCGACUUCGGAUAAUGAACCAAACUCAGCAACAAGGGCAACGGUCCUUCGACUAGGAGAGACAGACAUCCUCCGCCAAUAUUACGAGAAGGCCUUCGACAGAUUCCAACAACUGAAUUGCAGAGUGAUUGCAAAGGCUUUCAUCAAGCUAGUAGAGCCCCGCAAGCAGGUCAAUCACCCGUAUAAUGGCCGACGGACUUCGGCCUCCUCUUCCCAGAGGAUGGAUCCUGAGCUGACCAAACCCAACUGGUGGCCGGCUGGGGUAACACACAGAGAGCCUGAUCACCUGUUCAAGCGCGAGCGGAUCAAAUUGCUUGUACACAUACUGUGCAAUCUGAAAGACAGCAAGGGAAUAACGGCUGAGAAGCUUCAGGAAGCAGCCCAAGAUGUCAAACGUCAAGUUCAACCUUCACGAAGACUGGAAGUCCUGGAUGAGAUCUUUUAUGUCCGACAGAUGGAGGAAUUAUACCUAGAUGGAAAGAUUAGUAAGUCACUACUAAUGAAAUUGAGACCGUCUCGAUGGAAGUCGGGAACUAAUGUCUUACGAUCAGGAACAUCAGAGAAAGGCUCGGCAAGUCCAAGCGCUUGUUUCUCUCUCUCGCCAGCAUCGACGUUGACGAUCAGCCGCGAAUGCUCUCUGGAAAGUGGGUUACCAAAGGAAUCAGCGGACAUGGGUGCUCCUUCGAAGUCAAGCCGAGACCCUGGUGCGUUUACGACAUCCCAGAGUUUACCAGAGUACUUCGCCCAGCAAGUGGCGCCUCCGCCCAGUGGGCAUGGGCAGGGUGCUGCCUCAGGUUACUGGGCAACCAUUCCAUAUAAUGGUUACUGA